AUGGGUGAAGAAGGCAAGGCGCCUGUGGUCGCCGAGGCCCAUCUCGUCGACACUUUUCAUCCCCCGCAGAAGAUGCUCGACAAGCAUCCUAGCAAGCCACACAUAGCUAGUCUUGAGGAGUACCAAACACUUUACAAGGAAUCCAUCACCGAGCCCGAUAAGUUCUGGGGCCGGAAAGCUAGAGAACUUUUAACGUGGCAGCGUGACUUUGAAACUGUUCGCUCAGGAUCUCUGACCAACGGUGACGUCGCUUGGUUUCCCGAGGGACAGCUCAAUGCCUGCUACAACUGCGUCGAUAGACAUGCCUUCAAAGACCCCAAUAGGGUCGCUAUCAUCUAUGAAGCUGAUGAGCCCGAUGAGGGCCGUAACCUGACGUACGGGGAGCUACUCAGGGAAGUUUCCAAAGUCGCCUAUGUGCUCAAGCACAUGGGCGUCCGGAAAGGAGAUACCGUCGCCGUCUAUUUACCCAUGAUACCCGAGGCUCUAAUCGCCUUGCUCGCCAUUACUCGAAUUGGCGCAGUCCACUCUGUUGUAUUUGCCGGUUUCUCAUCCGACUCAUUACGCGACCGUGUCAAUGAUAGUCAGUCUAAGGUGGUCAUCACGUCGGACGAGGGUAAGCGAGGUGGUAAGCUCAUAGGCACCAAGAAGAUCGUCGACGAUGCGCUCAAGCAGUGCCCCGACGUCACUGGUGUACUAGUAUUCAAGCGCACCGGUGCCGAUGUUCCCUUCACUCCCGGUCGCGACUUGUGGUGGCACGAGGAAGUCCAGAAAUGGCCAGCCUACAUCAGCCCUGAAGUCAUGAACUCCGAGGACCCCCUAUUCCUGCUGUACACUUCCGGGUCGACUGGUAAGCCCAAGGGCGUCAUGCAUACCACUGGUGGCUACCUCCUUGGCGCUGCCAUGACCGGCAAAUAUGUUUUCGAUAUCCACGACGGCGACCGGUACUUCUGCGGCGGUGAUGUCGGCUGGAUUACCGGACACACCUAUGUGGUGUAUGCGCCCUUGCUCCUUGGUGUCUCCACAGUAGUGUUCGAGGGAACUCCGGCAUACCCCAACUUCUCCCGAUACUGGGAGAUCAUUGACAAGCAAGAGGUUACCCAAUUCUAUGUUGCCCCUACCGCAUUAAGAUUGUUAAAGCGUGCGGGUGAUGACUUCGUGAAGGCUCGGAUGCCUAAACUAAGAGUUCUGGGAUCAGUGGGAGAGCCCAUUGCAGCCGAAAUUUGGAAAUGGUACUUUGAAGUUGUUGGUAAGGAGGAGGCUCAUGUGGUUGACACCUACUGGCAAACCGAGACUGGUUCCAACGUCAUCACACCACUCGCCGGCGUGACACCGACAAAGCCCGGAAGCGCUUCGUUACCCUUCUUCGGAAUCGAACCCGCCAUCAUCGACCCUGUAUCAGGCGAGGAGAUCCAUGGAAACGACGUCGAAGGUGUUUUAGCUUUCAAACAGCCAUGGCCCAGUCUAGCUCGCACCGUUUGGGGAGCGCACAAGCGAUACAUGGAAACAUAUUUGGAUCCCUACAAGGGUUACUACUUCACCGGCGACGGAGCCGGUCGCGACCAUGAAGGCUUCUACUGGAUCCGGGGAAGAGUUGACGAUGUCGUCAAUGUUAGCGGUCACCGUCUGUCAACGGCCGAGAUCGAGGCAGCCCUUAUCGAGCAUCACGCGGUAGCCGAGUCUGCUGUCGUCGGUGUCGCCGAUGAACUGACGGGUCAAGCUGUCAAUGCUUUCGUUGCUAUCAACAAGGGCGACGAGGCAACAGACGCGUUACGAAAGGAGUUCAUCUUACAGGUCCGCAGGAGUAUUGGACCAUUUGCCGCCCCCAAGGCGGUAUACAUCGUACCAGACCUACCCAAGACCCGCAGUGGAAAGAUCAUGCGCCGUAUCUUGAGGAAGAUUCUGGCUGGCGAGGAAGAUCAAUUGGGCGACACGACAACGCUCUCCGACCCUGCCGUUGUCGAUAAAAUCAUUGCCAUCGUCCACGAGGCGAGAAAGAAGUAA